AUGAUUUACAUGAAGAUAUAAUAUGUCGAAUUGGUUCUAUCACUCCUAUCCAUCUAUUUAUUGAUUGCUACUUAUUGUACAGAUCCUGGAAUUAUGCCUAAAAUUUUUUAUAAACACGAAGAUGACGUAGAAAAACUGUAGAUACCCUAAUCCACCAAGAAGAAGGAGACACAACAUAUUAUCGUCAGAUUGGAGACUCACACAAUCAGACUAAAAUUUUGUCCCACUUGCAAAAUAUACAGACCCUCUAGACUAUCCCAUUGUGGGUUUUGCAAUAAUUGUGUAUUGAGAUUUGAUCAUCAUUGCAAUUGGAUUGGGACAUGUAUAGGAAGGAGAAAUGUAAGAUCUUUUUAUUUUUUCUUGCUCGUCCUUAACACACAGCUCAUUUUCGAAAUAGUCAAGCUCUCUAUCUAAUAAUCGACUAUUUGUAUAUAUUGCAUAGUUCUGAUCGUGGCCUUAGCGUUGGUCACAGUCUUAACCUUUGCUUUGUUUUGUUAUCAUACAUUUCUGAUUUGCAAGAACUAAACAACAAAUGAACAUUUAAAACACACUUGGACUUUGGAAAGCGGAAAUCCAUAUGAUAAGGGUUCAAUCUCAAAAAAUAUCUGUAAUGUAUUACUAAGUCAUAUACCCAAUCGAUUGGUUUAUUUAAACAAAAGAUUAUUUUCUUAACACACCCUCAAGGCAAAAGAAGAUAAAGAAUAAUAAUAAGUUGAGUUGACGAAGGUCAAUUCAUCGACUGAUUGA